GAACGCUCAACACCCGUAUAUGGCCAGUGUCAGUAAACGUCGGCAAAAAUGCGUAAUUAAAUUGUUGCCAGCAGCACAGUUGCAGUCACCAACGCUCUGGAUAACAUGAAAACAGCCUAACCAUCUCUGCUAGGGUGAGAAAUGGUCAGUGAUGUGAACUCUCAUUUUUGUCUGGAAGUAGCUAGCUAACUUUAGCCAGUUAGCUUGGGUGCUUGACAGCCGUUGUGAGGUCAGAACACUCGGAUCGCCCCCACUCCUCGACCAGAGCGUCCAGUGUGCGCUCUAAACGUUCCGAGAGCGAAACUCUGAUUUUACGAACGGACAAUCUGACAAAGCUCUGGGCACACUGACUGGGUGCUCUCUGGCACUCCAGAGUGAAUUUACGAACGCUCCCCGGAUAGAACAAGGUCUCGCUUGUUUUUGUUGGACCUAUGUUGCCAUGACAACAGCGCAAGUUCUAUCCCUAUUUUGAAAUCGUUUUCCAGUGGCACAUUUGCUUCCUAUUUACAAACUUUCUCAGAAAAUACUAGUCGCCGAGGUGUAUCAUGACUGAUCCAGUGGCAACGACGACCGAAGGGCCACCAACGGAUGGAAAAUCAGUCAAUCUCAUUGGGAAUCUGUUGAGAAGAGUAUCAAGAGCCGAGCCUGUUCCUGAUGACGAUGAGGAAGAGGAGGAGCAGCUUCCCCCACCACCACCACUAAUUCCACGAGGCCCUCUAGUGAAUUUGCAUUCUCCUAUUGUCAAUUCACAUUAUUAUGCUUAGUUAACUGGAAUAUAGAUUUUACACCUGACAUGCAUAUUAUUAUUACAUUAAAGGACUGUAGUGUUUAAAAUAGUAUAUUUUGUUUACAGAAAGGAUGUCUAACAGUCCAUCUGAAAAACUGCAGGGAUUUCAAUAAAAACGGUAUCCUUCUCAGUGACCCCUAACAGUGAAAUCAUUAGACCCUAUUCACCAUGCCAAAGCUUUGUGUGUGUGUCAGUGUGCUAACUAAGGUAGUUAAGUUAGGUCACCUAGCUAUCUUAAGAUCAAUGCAUGCCAAAGCUGUGUGUGUGUGUCAGUGUUCUAACUGGGGUAGUUAAGUUAUGCCAUCGUAAGUGGCCCUGGAUAAGUGUCUGCUAAAUGACUAGUAAAAUGAGUGUUUUCGUGAGCGUUGUGUUCCCAGCUUCCAUAAAGAAAGGCACCCAGGGCUUCCUGAGGGCGAGUAUUGGGGAGAAGGUGAAGUGUACUAUGGUCCAGCCCUACAAGGACUCCAAGGCUGAGCGCUCCAAGUUCCCCCUCUGCUUCAACGAGUGGAAGUAUUUCUCCAUACAGAUUCCUAAGAGCACUGAUAACACGCUGGGUGUCUGUGAGUCACACCGUCUGGUGGUGGAGCUCAUCUUCUUUGAGCAGGACACGGGCGUUCCCAAGCUCAUAGGAAAGACCUUUGUCAAACUGCUGGACAUCGUCAGUAAAUCACAAAUGAACCACCUGCUGGAGCUGAGGCUCAAGCGCCAGAUCAUCUGUAAGCUGGAGAUGGAGAUGGUGAUUGCGUAUGGAUCCUUGGGUUACGGAUACUCCCACCAGUUGAAGCACCCAAAUAGAAACAUGGAGAGCCUAGUGGAGCGCUCGCUCUUCCUCCGCUGUCCACCACCAGACGACCGCAAAGACCAUCACUAUAAUGUGGUCACUCCUAAGCCAGUACCUUAUUCAGACUUUAUCGCAGCGCUGAUGUACAGAGAGACCACCAACCCAGACAACAGAACGACUUACCCCUCAAACAGCACAAUAUCCCCCAUCAUCCUGGAAUGUAUGGAGAAGAGGGGCAGGCUACUGCAGAUGCAUGAGGAGAUGGAGGCGUUUGAGUCGUCCGAGGACUCCCUGCAGUACCUGGAGAAACUGGUGAUGAAGAAAGGGAUUAGAACCGGUACCCCCUGGAGGAUGAACAAGAGGUUCAAGGUUCUCUCUAAGUGGAGGAAAAAGGCAACGAUGGUCUCCAAGCUGCUCAAUUUUGGAGGCUGUUCAGAGGCGGCGAAACAACAGAGAGACAACAUGUUGCCCACGGGGCCAUUGGGUGUGACUCCCCCUGUGCCACUUUUAAAGCGCCUUGCCAUGCAACAGGAGAAAAUACCCUUAGUCAACGAGAACGAAGUGUCUGAAAUGAGCAAGCCUCCAUCUCCCAGAAAGAUCCUGGCUGCAGAAUCUGGCCUGUCCACAUGUAUGGCCUCCACCCAGGUUGCCCAGUCAGCCCCAUUCUCUCCACCUCCAUCUGAUCAAUAUACCACACCGCCAACAGUAGCCACCCCACCUACAUCAGCCGUGGCCCAUAAGGCAUCUCCCCCUAGCAGUGUGGCCUCCAGCUCCAUGGACCACCUUGUCCAGUCCAGGGCCAGCUCUUCCCCCAGACACAUCACCCUGGUCCUGCCUGAGGGUCCCGCCACCCCAGCUUCCACCUCAGCCUCAGCCUCCACCUCCGCUCAGCCCAGUACCAGACACAUCCCUAAACCCACCAAUGUGGCCAUUCCCAUCCACCUGACCUCCCUCUGUGUUCUUACUACCCUGGAGGAAGAAGGAGAGGAGGAAGACGGAGAGGAGGAGGAGGAAGACAGAGAGGAGGAAGACAGAGAGGAGGAAGACAGAGAGGAGGAAGAAGGAGAGGAGGAAGACGGAGAGGAGGAGGAUGGGAAGAAAAAGGAGGUGCAUGCUACAGUAUCGUCCUCCCUCCUCAAGACGCUCUCCUCUCUGACGCUGACCCCCAAGGUGGCCCUCCAUGCCACCCUGGUGCACUCGCGCCAACAGAGCAGGCAUGGGCAGCUGGAGGAAUGUCAGCCAGCUAGCCCCAGCUACCAGCAGGAGGAGUGUCAGCCAGCUAACCCCAGCUACCAGCAGGAGGAGUGUCAUCCAGCUAACCUCAGCUACCAGCAGGAGGAGUGUCAGCCAGCUAACCCCAGCUACCAGCAGGAGGAGUGUCAGCCAGCUAACCCCGGCUACCAGCCUUACCAGGAGAGCCCGUCCAGGGGGAAGAGUGACCGAGACCAGGGGAGGACUGGUAGUGGUGCCGCUGGAGGAGUGAGGGAGUCGGGGUGGACCCAGACCCAGAGAGAGGCUGCUGGAAUGGGCAGCAUUGGAAGUCGGUGGAAGCUGAAUUUUGCUGGGCUUGGCUCUCUUGGUUCCGGAGGGCAGAGGAGGGAAGAAGAUGCCCCAUGCAGCAGCACUGCCUUCAGGUCCCCUACACUGAUCGACCUGGCCCCACCACGGCUGCUGGGGGCCUGGACCGAGAACAUUGCCACUGUGCCGAUACCCAUAGGAGGGGGUGGGGGAGGCCUGGACUGGAGAUCUGGAGGUCUGCCUGCUGCCCAGAGAACCAGCCCGACUCUCUGCUCUCAGUUAAUCUCCCCCCUGUCCAUCCCACCGGCAUCCGACCCUCUGAGCCAAAGCCCUCUGACGCGCUCCCCCCUGCCGCACCUCGGCUCACGGGCCACUGACACACCUUCUCCAGACCUGGAAACCUGGACCCUAGAUAGUUCUCCCUUCCUCGGUGGCAUGCUGUGUGAGUCCAACCCUCCAGAUCUACAUGUAGGCCAAACCAGUGGUGGCAGCAACACUGACAGGCACACCCAGAGAUCAGGAGGAGCCAGCUCCAGCACAGAACCACUCACCACACUCCACUCCUGGCUCAGCAGUGACAAUCUCCCCACCGGAGCUGGCUCAGACUCUGGACAGUGGUCCCUCCUCUCAGAGAUCGACAUGUCACCACUCCGCAGCGGACUGGUCUUCUCCCCCCUUACCCCCAUCUCCACCUCCGACCCCCUCACCCCCAGCUCCUCCCAUACCAGAAGCACCAGAGGCAGCAAGCCAGGCAAGGAGAGACCCAGGAUUGUGGAGACACCGCAUUCCCCAUAUCACAGGCGCAACAGAGACCACAGAGAUUAUUAUGGGAAGAUGUAGCAAAAAUAUAUAUUUUUUGGCAGCCUAUUUUGUCAAGUUCAUUGCCUUUUACUUGGGUUAUCUAAGUAUUAAUUCAAAUGUUUAUUUUAUCAAAGAAUUUAGUUAAGACGAAUGUUUUUUUAUUGAUAAAAUAGGACAGGGCCUCUAAAGCGGAACUAAUUUAAUGAGGGGUUUUGUUUCAGUGAAAGCAGAGGAAUGUUUUGACCGCAGGACCGUUCCCAAACUUUGGUGGUUGGUGCUGGCCUGGUGAUAGUCUGCCAUGGAGAGAGAUGGGAGUAAUGUUACAUCAUCUCUCUAGGUGGUUGGCGCUGGCCUGGUGAUAGUCUGCCAUGGAGAGAGAUGGGAGUAAUGUUACAUCAUCUC